AAAACAUCUCACACUUUUAAUUCACUCAAAUAAAGGAUCACAUAUAUUCCGCUUCUACCUAAAAAGUAGAAUCAAAAUCAAACUUUUCUUGUAUAUAAUGUUCUAAUAGCCCUUAUUACAAUAAGAAGUAUAUAAUCAAGAAUCACUCUUGGUUUAGUUUUAUCACUCAUGUUUCCUUGACAGAUAAGGCACGUAUACCUCUUUGACUUGCUGAAAUGGAGUCUGAUCAUCAUGGUGAUAUCAAUGAAAAGCUAUUGGAAAAGAGAAGUCAUUCAAAAGAGUGUGGUGAAGAGGAAGGUAAGUUAGGGGAAAAGAUAUGGUCAGAGAUGAAGAAAUUGUCUGUUGUGGCUUUCCCAGCAAUAUUUACAAGAUUCACUACAUUUGGGAUUACUAUUAUCAGCCAGGCAUUUGUUGGCCACAUUGACCCUGUUGAUCUUGCAGCCUAUGCUUUGGUACAAACAGUUCUGUUGAGGUUUUGCAAUGGAAUACUGUUGGGGAUGGCAAGUGGAUUGGAAACACUAUUAGGACAAGCAUUUGGUGCAAAACAGUACCACAUGAUGGGAAUAUAUCUCCAAAGAUCAUGGAUUGUCUUGUUCACAACUACAACUUUACUAUUACCCCUAUUUUUCUUCAUUACUCCCAUAUUCAGAGCACUAGGACAGGACGAAGACAUUGCGCGAGUGUCGGGAAUCAUUUCCCACUGGUUGGUACCUGUGGCGUAUGCAUACAUUGUAUCAUUCACCUGUCAAAUGUACCUUCAAGCACAGAGCAAGAACAUUAUCAUUUCAUAUUUGGCAGCCGCCACACUGGCGAUUCACAUAUCACUGUCCUGGCUUUUGACAGUGAAGCUCAAGUAUGGACUUCCGGGUGCCAUGAUUUCUACUAUAUUGGCAUUCUGGAUUCCUAAUUGGGGUCAGCUUAUAUAUGUUAUAUGUGGAGGAUGCAAAGAAACUUGGGCUGGUUUCUCGUUCCUCGCCUUCAAGGAUCUCGUCCCAGUUAUCAAGCUUUCCUUUUCAGCUGGUGCCAUGGUCUGUCUUGAGCUCUGGUACAACUCCAUAUUGAUUCUUCUUACAGGAAACUUGAAAGAUGCUAAGAUUCAAAUUGAUGCUUUGUCUAUAUGCCUCAACAUCAGUGGCUGGGAAAUGAUGAUAUCUCUUGGUUUCAUGGCAGCAGCAUGUGUGCGAGUUGCAAACGAGUUGGGAAGAGGGAGUGCAAAGGCAGCCAAGUUAUCAAUCAAUGUGGUUGUGCUAACAUCCUUUGCCAUAGGACUUGUGUUAUUCAUGGUUUUGCUCCUCCUACGAGGAAAGCUAGCUUACUUGUUCACCAAUAGUCAGGAGGUGGUCGAGGCCGUUGAUCAAUUAUCACCUCUCUUAGCAUUUUCCAUCCUUCUCAACAGUGUUCAGCCAGUCCUAUCUGGAGUUUCUAUAGGGGCUGGAUGGCAGAGUACGGUGGCGUACGUUAACCUCGGAUGCUAUUACCUGAUUGGGAUUCCGGUCGGUGUCGUGCUUGGGUAUGUCCUGAAUUUGCAGGUCAAGGGUGUUUGGAUAGGAAUGUUGUUUGGUACAUUCGUACAGACCACAGUGUUACUCAUAAUCACUUUUAGAACCGAUUGGGACAAGCAGGUUAUAAUGCAUUACUUUAUUAGAGCACAUUCUUGAAAAGUGGAACAAAAUGCAACUUCAAAGCACGGGGAAGAUCAAGUCUCAAAUACAAAUACAUUCUCGUAGUUUGAAAUUAUGAAGAAAAGUAAUUGAAGAUCAAUGUAGCUAUUGACAAAUGUAAAAGGACGAAAAGACAAGUUAUUCAAGAGUUGGAUGGAUCAUUUAAAGUGGAAUUUAGCUAUCUUGCAGCUUAUGUUGCUUCUCUUAAAAGAACUAAUCCAGGCACAAAGGCUGAGAUUGAUUUAGACAAAGAAGCUUUGAAAGAAGGAAGGAGAGUGCUCAGAAGGAUGUUUAUAUGCUUCGAAUCAUGCAAAAGAAAUUGGCCGAAUGGGUGUAGACCUCUAAUAGGACUUGAUGGUGCUUCUUAAAAGGAGUUACUAAAGGUCAAUUAUUAGCAGUUGUUGGUGUGGAUGGUAAUGAUCAGAUGGUUCCAAUAGUUUGGGCAAUGGUAGAUAAAGAAAAUAAAAAUAAUUGGAAGUGGUUUUCAUGUUGGCUAGCACAGGAGCUUGAUUUGGAUGAUGGUUCUAGAUUAACAUUGAUCUCAGAUAUGCAGAAGGGUUUACUUGGAUCUAUACGGUUGAUGGUUCCCCAAGCUGAACUUAGGUGGUGCGCUAGACACGUUAAGGCAAACUGGUCCAAGAAAUGGAAUGGCGGUGAGUUGAAGAAAAAAGGUCUGGAUAUGUGCAUGGAGCACAUUUGAAGAGGAAUUCAAGGAAAAUUUAGAAAAAAUGGGGAAAUUGAGUAAGAAAGUUGCAGAAUCCCUGUUAUGGUACCCUCCUUCGAGGUGGUGCAAAGCCUAUUUUAAUAGGUGAUGUCAUUCACACGUGGUAGACAAUAACACAAGAGGGAAUCUUUCAAUUCAUGGAUAUUAGAACCCGACACAAGCCUAUCAUAAGCAUGCUUGAAGAAAUUAGAACCAAAGCUAUGAUAAGGACAAGAGAGAAUAAGAACUUGUCAGAUAAGUGGUUUAAUAAUUGGUCACCCAAAUCCAUGGAGUUUUUGCAGGGCAAUAAAGAGCUUGAUGUGGGGUGCAGGAAUUUAAUGGUGAUUCAGGUUACAAGAUAGGGGAAGGUGAUACUAAGAACACAUUUUUUUAAACAAACAACAAUGCACAUGUAGAGGCCGAGUGGGAUCUUACAGGAAUUUCAUGUCCACGUGCACUAUGUGCUUCAUAUCAUAGCAAGAUUGAUCCAUUGUAAUGAUUGCAGAUUGGUAUAGCAAGAAAAGCCUUGUUUGGAGUCUGAGACAAUUAUUGCAAAAUGUGCGUCACAAAUGGGGAUCAAUCCUAAUGCUCAGACCAAAAUGGUGAUACCGUGUGAAAGAACAUUGCGCAAAAAACUCCCUUUUAAAAGAGCAUGUGAGAUCACAAGGAAUAUUCGAUUUUGUGGAGAUGGAUAGUAUGUUAGAGAACCCUCAACACUCCCUUUCUAGUCUUCCGGUUUGAAUUGGGAAGGAAAUCCCGCGAUUACAACAAGACAACUUCAAUCACACCGAGAUAAAGUUGUCAACUAGCAUGAUGGAUGGGGGACAUACUUUAUGGAUAACACAUGUUGAAUGCUAGAUUAUUUGUUGCACUAAGGAUGUUUUUACUUGGACUGUAAUUUGCCCCGGACCAGUCCAGUCCAGACCAGUUCAGACCAGACCAGACUUGGAUAGUUAUAAAAAUACAAAGAAACCAGACCUUACCAGACCUUACCAGACCAAACCAGACCAGUUCAGACCAGUUCAGACCAGACCAGACCAGCAAAUUACAGUCCAAGUAAAAACAUCCUAACCGAGCAUAUUGUUGCUACAAUUUUUUUUAUCAGUCAUCACUUACUGAUAUGAUUUAGAAACACAUAGCUAUAAUUCACUUUUUGACAAAGGUGUUAAUUUUGUGAGGCCAACGAAUAUUCUAUGGAUGAAUAUAUAUGUAUUGAUUUUAGGACUAAUAUGUUCUAGAUUUUACUUUUACAAAGC